CGUCACUUUCCACAAAGCCAUGUCGGUUACUCGAACACCAUCCGAUUAUGAAGCCGAACGGCCCCUCCUGGACGGGGGCGCAGAGCCCGAAUACGGCGCUGCCUCCGAGCCGGGGUCUACCCGACCGGCCGAGCGUCGCUCGUUCGCACGCAACCUAGGGACCAUCGAAGCAUUCGGGAUUGUCAUCAGUAUUGUUAUUGGAAGCGGCGUCUUCACUUCGCCUGGGGCCAUCGAUACUAAUGUUCCGUCGCCUGGAGCGGCGCUCAUUGUGUGGCUGGUUGGCGGCAUUCUGGCUUGGACGGGAGCCAGUACCAUGGCGGAGCUGGGGACUGCAAUUCCGGGUGAAGGAGGAGUACAGCCUUAUCUGCAAUACAUCUUCGGCGAUGUGUUUGGGUUCUUGGCCGCGUGGACAUGGAUCGUGGCGGUGAUGCCCGCAACACUCGCGAUCUUGAGCAUUGUUUUUGUCGAGAGUAUUUUCUCAGCAGCCGGUGUUACCGACCAAGCUGGCAGUAUUGGCCAUAAACUUUUGUCCAUCCUAGUCCUGGUAGCUGUCAGUGUGGCCAACUCGAUUAGCACCAAGGUCAGUACGCGACUGAAUGGCUUCUUCGUCACAACCAAAUUUGUCGCAAUCGCAGGAAUCGUGAUAGCCGGGCUUGUUGUUGUGAUUCUUCAGGUGUCGGGAAUCAAUCGCGAUGCCGGACCAAGGGAUUGGCACACCAAACCUUGGUUUGGUUUCCGGGACACAAUAACUCCCGACGGAAGCCUGAUUGACUGGAGCCAAUUGCACGGAUGGGAAAUCUUGGGCCACUACUCAGCGGCGCUUUAUGGCGCUCUGUGGGCGUAUUCUGGUUGGGAUAAGGCAAUUUAUGUUUCUGCGGAAUUAUCUGCACCUGCUCGUCAACUCCCGUUGGCUAUCAACACCGCAGUUCCUAUCAUCAUUCUUUGUUUCAUCGCGGCGAAUGCUGCGUAUUACAUCCUUCUCCCGUGGAACGUUGUGUCGACGACCGAUAGUGUGGCAGUGACCGCCAUCACACUUCUUCUGGGUCGUGGAUUUGGGAUCCUAGCUGCAAUCACAAUCUGCCUUGUUGUUGCAGGUUCUCUACUCGGGAACUCCUUCGUGGCUGGUCGCAUGGUUGUGGCGGCCGCAAACCUGAACUGGCUUCCCCGAUUUCUCGGUUUCAUUGGACAUAUUGGCGCCAAGCCAAAUGAUUCAAGCAACGACUCAUCCUCUGAGACUUCAGCUUCUCGCAAAUCCGAUGCACCAAUCAAUGCUAUCAUCUUGUCCACGGGCCUCCCGAUUCUUUACAUUCUAUUUGGUAACUUCCGAGCCCUGCUGACGUUCAACGGGCUAGGCGAGUACUCUUUCUUCUUCCUGACCGUGCUAGGAGCGAUUAUUCUGCGCUUCAGAGAGCCAGAGCUUCGCCGUCCUUAUAAGCCAUUUAUUUUGAUCCCGGCUAUUUUUGCCGUGGUUAGUGGUUUUGUUGUCGUUCGGGGCGCUGUUUUCGCGUCAUUGCCGGCGGUCAUUUUGAUUGUGGUUUGGCUUCUUGGUUUUGGUUUCUACUAUGGCUCGAGGAGAUGGAGAGAGUCUAGAGACGCAUAAUCAUCUUUAGAGCGAUAGAAUAGCUUCGUUUAUCGUUCGUGCAGCAACAGUUUGGGAAUCUGCUUGAUGGCAUUUAUGCGUACAUUCGAUGAGACGUCUACCAAGACAAAAGACAGGCACUUUGGAGAGACUGGUUUAUUUUUAGUAUGCUGAUUAUUAUCUAUAUGUAUAUUCAACUCAAAUAGUCUUGAAAAGAAGAGCAUUCAGACACGAGAAUUAU